AUGUGCUCCACAAAACAACUACAACGACAACGACAACAACGACAACAACAACGACGACAACAACUACAACAACAACGACAACAACAACUACAACAACGACGACAACAACUACGACAACAACGACAACAACAACUACAACAACAACUACAACAACAACAACUACAACAACAACUACUACAACAACAACGACAACAACGACGACAACAACUACGACAACAACGACAACAACAACAACAACGACAACAACGACAACAACAACUACGACAACAACGACAACAACGACAACAACGACAACAACAACUACGACAACAACAACUACAACAACAACAACUACAACAACAACCACAACAACAACGACAACAACAACAACGACAACAACAACAACGACAACAACGACAACAACAACAACUACAACAACGACAACAACAACAACGACAACAACAACAACAACAACGACAACAACGACAACAACAACUACGACAACAACAACUUCAACAACAACAACGAGAACAACGACAACUUCAACGACAACAACAACUGGGCGUAAAAAACUAUCAUGUAUAA